AGUGCUGUGGUGCAAUGUCCGCUCACUGCAACCUCCGCCUCCUGGGUUCAAGCGAUUCUCCUGCCUCAGCCUCCCGAGUAGCUGGGAUUACAGGCCACCGGCACCACGCCAAUUUUUGUAUUUUUAUUUUAUUUAUUUUUAUUUUUUUGAGACGGAGUCUCGCCCUGUCACCCAGGCUGAAAUGCAGUGGCGCGAUCUCGGCUCACCGCAACCUCCGCCGCCAGGGUUCAAAUGAUUCUCCUGCCUCAGCCUCCCCAGUAGCAAGGAUUACAGGCGCACGCCACCACACCUGGCUAAUUUUUGUAUCUUUAGUAGAGAUGGAGUUUCACCAUGUUGGUCAGGCGGGUCUUGAACUCCUGACCUUGUGAUCCGCCCGCCUCGGCCUCCCAAAAUGCUGAGAUUACAGGUGUGAGCCACCGCGCCAGGCUUUUUUUUUUUUUUUUUUUUUGAGACAGAGUCUCACUCUGUCGCCCAGGCUGGAGUGCAGUGGCACCAUCUCGGCUCACUGCAACCUCUGCCUCCUCAAUUCAAGCAAUUCUCCUGCCUCAGCUUCCCGAGUAGCUGAGAUUACAGGCGCCCGCCACCACGCCCGGCUAAUUUUUUGUACUUUUAGUAGAGACGGGGUUUCACCAUGUUGGACCAGGCUGGUCUCUAACUCCUGACCUCAGGUAAUCGGCCCGCCUCGGCCUCCCAAAGUGCUAAGAUUACAGACCUGAGCCACUUCGCCCGGCAGGGAGCGUAUUUCAAGUCCUGCCCCCCGACCUGCGCCUGCGCCCCGCAGCAGGGUCCGGCUCCCUGCUGGCGCCCUGGAGCUGGGACGGCCUGGGGCGCUGGUCCGCCGCCUUCCCCCAGAAGGAGGCGUGAGCGGGGCGUGGCCGGAACGUCUUUCUUCGGGGCCGCGCCCCGGGCGGGCACAGUUACGCGCCGCACGGAUCAUGGCCGCAGCCGCUCUGGGGCAGAUCUGGGCACGAAAGCUUCUCUCUGUCCCUUGGCUUCUGUGUGGUCCCAGAAGAUAUGCCUCCUCCAGUUUCAAGGCUGCAGACCUGCAGCUGGAAAUGACACAGAAGCCUCAUAAGAAGCCCAGCCCUGGCGAGCCCCUGGUGUUUGGGAAGACAUUUACCGACCACAUGCUGAUGGUGGAAUGGAAUGAAAAGGGCUGGGGCCAGCCCCGAAUCCAGCCCUUCCAGAACCUCACGCUGCACCCAGCCUGCUCCGGCCUCCACUACUCCCUGCAGCUGUUUGAGGGCAUGAAGGCGUUCAAAGGCGAAGACCAGCAGGUGCGCCUCUUCCGCCCCUGGCUGAACAUGGACCGGAUGCUGCGCUCAGCCAUGCGCAUGUGCCUGCCGAGUUUUGACAAGUUGGAGUUGCUGGAGUGCAUCCGCCGGCUCAUCGAAGUGGACAAGGACUGGGUCCCCGACGCCGCCGGCACCAGCCUCUAUGUGCGGCCUGUGCUCAUUGGGAACCAGCCGUCGCUGGGUGUCAGCCAGCCCACGCACGCGCUGCUGUUCGUCAUUCUCUGCCCAGUGGGCACCUACUUCCCUGGAGGCUCCGUGACCCCGGUCUCCCUCCUGGCCGACCCAGCCUUCAUCCGGGCCUGGGUGGGCGGGGUCGGCAACUACAAGUUAGGGGGGAAUUAUGGGCCCACCGUGUUAGUGCAACAGGAGGCACUCAAGCAGGGCUGUGAACAGGUCCUCUGGCUGUAUGGGCCCGACCACCAGCUCACCGAGGUGGGAACCAUGAACAUCUUUGUCUACUGGACCCACGAAGAUGGGGUGCUGGAGCUGGUGACGCCCCCGCUGAAUGGUGUCAUCCUGCCUGGAGUGGUCAGACAGAGUCUACUGGACCUGGCUCAGACCUGGGGUGAGUUCCGGGUGGCGGAGCGCACGAUCACCAUGAAGCAGUUGCUGCGGGCCCUGGAGGAGGGCCGUGUGCGGGAAGUCUUUGGCUCGGGCACCGCUUGCCAGGUCUGCCCAGUGCACCGAAUCCUGUACAAAGACAGGAACCUCCACAUUCCCACCAUGGAAAAUGGGCCUGAGCUGAUCCUCCGCUUCCAGAAGGAGCUGAAGGAGAUCCAGGUGAGCUGCAGGGAGCCGGGGAAUGGGCUGGGAGCUUGUUCCCUGGAGAAGUUGGUGUCCCAUGAGCCCCUGGACUGAGCGCCAGCCUACUUCAGUAGUACCAGGAACAGAUAAUGGCCUUUCUUAUUGAGGCCCUGGAGAGCGGGCUUUCUGUGCUGCUCUGUGCCCUGGAAAACCCUUGGGGCUAAAUCACCCUUUCCUGUGAGCUCCCAGAGCCCUGGAUAUGUCUUUGGCUUUGGAAACCCCCUCCUGUGAUCCUCUGUGGCUCCUGGAUGCCCUGGUGGGAGAAACUCCCUCCCUGUGAUCCUCUGCUGCCCCUAGGUGCCCUGGUGGGAGAAAGGCCCUUUCCAUGAAUCUCUGAGACCUUAGCCAGCCCUCUGGCCAUCUCAGAGGUUGGCCUCCCAAGAUUCCCUGGAGCCCUGGGCUAUCCCUUUGGCCAGAGAAAGCUUCCUCCCAUGAGCCUCUGGACCUUGGCCCCUCUCUGGCACCAGACUGUUUAAUCCCAGAAAUCUCUGGGGCAUUCCCGUCUUCUGGGCCAAGAUGUCUUUCCCAAGAAUCUCUGGGCUCCUUUCCCAGACCUAGAGCUACAUUUCUGUAAACUUUUGUGCAUCAGGACCUAGAACUAUACAUCCUCUGACUAUCUGGGCUUUCUGAACUGAAAGUGACUUUUUCCAAGAGCCUUAGAGGCCUGGCCAUAAUUCCUAUCUUCAAAACUGCAUCUCCCGGAAGCCUCUGCGCCGCCUUAGCCUUGGUUCCCAGUUCCCAUCAUUGUUGGGGGCCUUCUGGGAAGUGGACUACAUUUCCCGUGAGCCGCUGGGGCACAGCUCCGUAGGCACUGGGCCUGGAACACCCCAGGGCCUACUGGGAGUUGUAGUGCAGCUUCCACGUCGGGCACUGCCUCCGUUGUUCCGCAGUACGGAGUCAGAGCCCACGAGUGGAUGUUCCCGGUGUGAAGCUGCAGGCUGUGCUCCAGAUCCACAGACCCGUAGCAUCUUGUCACGCCAGCACUCGCCUCCCUACCAAUGACUCAACCUGAAGUGCAAUACGAAAUAAAAGGCCCGCGGGCGGCGUCUGGGUCUCUGGCGCCCCCAUGUGGUUGCGACACUCCCAAAGCCGUAAGGGCCGACCCAGGCAUCUUGGCCCCCAGCCGCUCGUCUCGGGUUCAGGUCCGCCCAUUGCUCCUUGUCGUGAGGUCAAGGAUACACCUUGGCCCCGAUUCCGGAUCUCCCCAUUCUCAGGCCAGACCCCUGGUGUUGCCGUUGAUUUUUUUUUUUUUUCUCUUUGCUGCAAUUUUGAAAUAAAAUGCCAAAGAACA